GCAUGAUGCGAUACUAGGAUGCUUAUUGUUAGACACAGGAAAAUUUUCAUGUAUUUUGAAAUUACGAGGAAAGUCCGCAAAUUAUCACAUUUUAUAUGACCAAAAGACAGGCAAAAAUUCACCUGCUGCAGACGAAAGUGUGCCAUGUUUUAUUCUGUAGAAACGGUGGGUAAAACCAGAGGAUUUUAUUAUGCCCCAGGUUUUACCCAGCGUUUCUACAGAAAUUAAUGUUUUAUAUACAUGUGCCGUUGUGUCGACGAAAUCUCGUUAUUAUAUAUUCGUUUAAAUAAAAAAUGAAUAAAACUUAUACUAUAUUUACAGGGACGUGCUAAAUUUCUUUCACGUUUUUUUUUUAGUUCCUUGCAUCAGUUUGCAACUUCGUUUAAAAGCAUUUUCCUGACAUUUUAAUGGAUGGAUUUUGACAAUUGUUGGCUUAUUGGUACAAUAUUUGAAUUAAUUUCUGUUGUGUACUUUUGGAGUUAAAGAACUUGAGAGGUAUAUUAGAAUUAUAUCCACACUGUUAAUUUACGGUUGAGGUGACACACCGAUUUUUCUACUUUUAUCACAGUUUAAUGUUUAUGGCACAAUUUUCAUUUUGACACUCAUUUUCAGAUGACAGAUCAGUCUUGAUGGUGAAGAAGGGGAAAAAUGGAGUUUUUCCUUUGAAAUUUCCCUACGAGGAAAACAUGAAUCCAGAACUGGCAGCUGAAGCAGUAGUAAAUUUAAGCCAAGAAGCAGAUUCAGAUACUACUAGGAACAACACUUUUAUUGACAAAGAAAGAGAUACAUGUAGAUUAACAAAUGAAGGAAUGGACAUCCAGCCGGUGGUCAUUGAAGAAAUGGAAGUUCAGUUGGCGGUCAUUGAAGAACGAGACACCAUCACCACUCAGGAGGAAAUGAACACCCAGCCGAUUAGAAAGGAGCAAGACCAAGGUGAAGAACAGCAUUCAAACUUAAAGAAAGACAUUUCCAAUUUGCGUCCUAGGUAAAUAUUAUUACUUGUCAAACAUAUAAAUAAACAAAUAAAACUUGAUAACAAACUUUCUA